GCUCUCUAAAUCAUUGAUUGCGACAAACCCUCGAAUACCCUAACCCAACCUGCCAUUUUCGAUCGCAAGGUGCCAAUCUCGAAGAUGUCGGGCAAGUACGCUUUCACUAAGGCCCUGAAGGAGGUUCGCUUCGCAUUCUGCCACACGGGAGAGGGUAGUGCUGCGAUAAGGACAUUCCUGACACGGUCAUAUCCUACUAUGAAGAAGAACAACCCCUACACACCUAUCCUAAUGCGAGAAGCGUUUGGCACAUUACCCAAGGUCUAUGCGAGAUACGAGUUCGGAAAGGAAAAGGCAAAGUCAUUAGAAGGGCUCUCGGACAAGGAAAUCGAGGAAGCUGUCACGCAAUUAGUAAAAAGCGACGAAGCCGCAUGAAUAUCUACCUAUAGCCGGAGUUAUGGGAAGUCAGCAGUAGACGAUACUGUCAUGCUAUGUUAUUAUAAUGAGAUCCGACCUUGUGAAUAUUACGCACCAAGCACCUAACAUGCUACCAUAAUCAUUGAUCCCUUGUCUCUUUGUCUCGUUCCUAUUUAUUACCUAUACCACGAUUCAGAUAUCAUAAAAUCUAGAUAUUUUAAUGCUAAUUUCAUCUUAUAGCAUAGGAUCACGUAAGACCGGGGGUUUGGUUUUUAAAAUUUUAUUAAACAUUAAAAUCAACAAGCAAACAGCUCUUAGGAACCAGCAUCCGUG